GUAUAAUAAGUUGACAAACAACAACACUAGCUCUAGCAGGAUCAGGACAGGAGGUGCGGCGUGUCGGGACGUCAUAAAUUAAUCGACUGUUUUAACACCAAUAAAUUGCUGCUGAUAAAUUGCCUGUGAGAGACAAUAAAACUAAAAGGUCCGGCAUUUGAAGUGUCGUCUGUAUAAUUCCAACCAGUAUGGACGGCGUCAAGUACGACAUCUCCCGGCUGCGAGAGCGAUACAAGACGCUGCAGCAGCAGCAGUUCACGUUUGUCGCGGCCCUGGAACACUCCCGCAGCGACGCCUUUGAGAAAACCAAACCCGUCCGAACAAUUACUCAGAUCAAGCAAAUGUACGAGCGGAGUAAGAACGCCACGGACCGGCGUGCCCUGCGCCAGUGGCUCGAUCUCCUCAAUGACCUCGGUAACAUCCUACGGAGCACAGAGAACGUAGCCGGCUCCGGUGCGAAGGAAGGCUCCAUAGGGAGGGCGCUGGAUAGAUGGAAGGUCCUCCUCAGUCCCAACCACGACCUGUCUGACCUCAGAGCCAAGUACCCACACCAAGAGGUGAACCACCUAAGCUGUGCAGAGGCCCGGGUGCUAUUCGGAGGUGUGGUCAGCCUGGUACCGUUAAUAUUUGACCAAGCCCACCGGGUAAUGAGUGAGAUGUCUAAACGGGCUAAGGAGUCAAGGCCGACGGAGGCAGGGGAGACCAAAGUGGACAGGGGAAUAUUGAAAGACACACACCCGCCCAGGCGAGCUGUGCAGAGCGCUAAGCACCACCGAUCAUAUACCGACAGUGAGGUUCCAGUGCGCGCAAAGACGGCAAUGGGCCCCCGCGACAAAAGCGUGGACACCAAGGACCUGUCCAAGCGCAUGCUCCGCCUCUCCUUUGGCAAGAUGCCAAAGAGCACGGACGAGCCCAUGCUCUUCUACCGCCGCACCCUGAACGGCCGGUCGGACAAGCUGUACCCGAACGGCGAGAUCACGCUGGACCGCGGGCCCUGGCGGGGCGCAUCCUACGACAAAAUUAACCACAAGGAGCACCGGCAUUUUGUCAAUCUGGAAGGCAAGUUGUACUGAUGAAGAGGAUACAUACUGGGUGUGUUACCAAAUGGCAGAAAUUAUGAACUAAUUUCAACCUGUAUCAAGUCAGUGUGCUAAUCCUAUGGCAACUAUUUGAUUAAAAGAUAUAAUACGAAAGACUAAUUAAAGUCUUGUAUAUCCCCCGCCCUCCAAAAAAAACCGUGGCUGUCUUGAAAAUGUUUUUCUCCCGUUAGGAAAAGAAUAUGACUACUUCUGACAUUGUUCACUGUAUCAAGAUGUGCCAGUUAAGAGUUCAAAAUUUACCCUCAAAAUAAUUUAUUUUUAAACAGUUUGAUCUUAAAAGCCAACAACCAAAGACUUACAGUCUUAAGUAAGUGUUUGUAAAAUGCAGUUCUGAUAAAAACUAUUUAUUUGAUUGUGGGAAUAAGUCAAGAUACUUAAUAUUUUGUCUUUUUCUUAAUCCAAAUGUGCCAGUGAGUUCAAAAUUAAAUAUGUUCGACUUUUCUUAAAUUUACAAACUUUCAAAUUGUCAACACCAGAUAAUCUAUUCUUUGGCAAACUUUAUCUGCUUGUAAAUUUCAAAAACUAUAGAACUCAAUAUUGCGAAAAAGUAGAAAUUACAAUCAGCCUUUAACAUAGAAACGCUGAAAUAAUCUUCCAAUGUGUUUACCUUGCCUGCUUAGAACUUUUACUUUUUUUCUCGAAGCAAUAGCGAACAAUGUAUAGAGUACACGCUGAAAUGUGAACAAUUUCUAGUUAUAAACAUGGUAAGUGCUUUCACUUAGAUGGAUUUAUUUUCAUAAUUCUUAGAAUAUUUGUUAAAUCUGUGAGGUGUUGUGAUUCAAAAGGUUGACAUGCACAGGUUGUUGCUGUUACAGUUUGUCAUUGAAUCCUUCUGCAUUGAAUGUCCAAUAAAACAACUUUUUUUCGAGGUAACAAAGCAAGCAGUUUUAAGAAAUAUUUGGUACACGGAAAAGAAGAUAAUGUAAAUUUGGAUUUUUCUCCAAAAUGCUGAACACUUGAGAGUAGAGGGGUAUGGUGCUCAGCACACAUUUUGAUGAUUUUAUGUUCAAAAUUGGGCAAAAUACCUCCACUGCUAGUUUUUUACAGCAAUACCUCAAAAGUUAUUACAUUCCCGCCCCCUCCCUCCCCCAAAAGGAGGGAGGGGCCACAUUCUAAGCUGCUUUACAAAUAUUUUGGGUGGCAGUAGACAAUAUGUGAAUUGGACUGCAAACAUCACAGAAGUUUAGCAGUGGUCAGGGGCAGGUUUUUCAUGUAUUUUGCUACUUUCAUUUGCACGUGCCAUUAGAUUUGCCGCACCUAAUACCUUAAUGCAACUAUAACAAGUAUGAUUCAGGAUAUUUUUCAAGCUUUGCUUUCUGCGACGAGGAGCCUAAAUGUGAUCAAAUACAAAAGGGAAUCAGGGAUAAAGACAUUUGACGUACAAGUUACAUAAUAGGGUGAUGUACUACUUAAUAUAGUGUCCUUUCAAGUUGCGCGGACGCUGAUUUGAGGAAUUUCUAAUUGUGUGUGUGAUUUUUUUUAUUCAGUUUUGUGGGGACAGAGAAUGUCAUCCUCAUUAAAGGCCAGUUCAUACUCGGCGCGAAAGCGAACAUAAACGCGAUUUUGUGACGUCGGGGCAAGCUUUUGCGCUGCAAAUUCACAAAAGUUGAACACAUUUUUGAACUCUGGCGAAUUUUGCAGCGAAUGCUUCGUGACAUCAAAUUCGCAUCGCAUGAACUAUGAACAGAUCUUAAGCCAAACAAUUUCGUCCACAAAGAAAUGUGUUUAUAAUGUGCGAGUGUCCAACAUGAUGUUAAGGCACAAGAGAAGAACUUUCAGACGUAUCAUGAAAACAAAAGUCAAGUCACAAAUUGUAACAAAAUGGUCAGA